CCCCUGGACAGCGAGAGGCAGCCGACGGUGGGGUUUGCAGAUCCACAUCCCGGUGGAGUGUGCACAGGAAGAUCCUCCAAGCCGCGGGGGGUGGAUACCAGUCUGAGAAUUUGGAGAGGCAAUUCUUCAAGGCCAGGUUCGUUCAUUCCAUAAAGGGCGAAGCUGUUUCCACACACAGCCGUCCCCCGUUGUAUGUAUACCAAAAGGAGCACCCAGGGGAGGCUCUGUAGUGGGCGAGACAGGAUGGUUGGUCUGAAGCCCACGGAUAUCCCGCCAUCAGCACCCGUCAAGUUUCUCAGCGCCGGGACAGCCGCCUGCAUCGCGGAUCUCUGCACGUUCCCCUUGGACACCGCAAAAGUCAGGCUCCAGAUUCAAGGGGAAUCGAGGGCUUCGAAAGCAGCCAGACAGGUGAAGUACAAGGGGGUCUUCGGCACCAUCACCACCAUGGUGAAGAUGGAAGGACCGAAGAGCCUCUACAACGGCCUGGUGGCCGGCCUCCAGCGCCAGAUGAGCUUCGCCUCGGUCCGCAUCGGGCUCUACGACUCGGUGAAGCAGCUUUACACGCCCAAGGGGUCCGAACAUACCAGCAUCUUCACGCGCCUCCUUGCUGGUUGUACCACCGGCGCCAUGGCAGUGACCUGUGCCCAACCUACUGACGUGGUGAAAGUGCGCUUCCAAGCUCACAUCAGGUUGGUGGGGGGUCCCAAGAAAUACAACGGGACAGUGGACGCUUAUCGAACGAUCGCCCGGGAAGAAGGCGUCCGAGGCCUCUGGAAAGGGACCUUCCCCAACAUCACUCGCAAUGCCAUUGUGAACUGUGGGGAGAUGGUGACCUAUGACCUCAUCAAGGAAACCCUGUUGAAGUAUCACCUGAUGACAGACAAUUUCCCGUGCCACUUCCUUGCUGCAUUUGGAGCCGGCUUCUGUGCUACGGUGGUGGCGUCGCCUGUGGAUGUGGUCAAAACGCGGUACAUGAACUCCUGCGCUGGGCAGUACAAGAAUGCCUUGAAUUGCAUGCUGACCAUGGUGGUGAAGGAGGGACCAAAUGCCUUCUACAAGGGCUUCAUGCCUUCUUUCUUGCGGCUGGGAUCCUGGAACGUGGUGAUGUUUGUGUCUUACGAACAGCUGAAAAGGAUGAUGGUUUUGGCCCAGGUGUCUUGGGAGGCCCCCUUCUGAAGCUCUGCAUCAUCUCUGGGAGAUGGCGGAAGCAGAGCCGGCGAAGGGUCUCUUCGAGGCAAACAGAGAGGAGAGAAAUGCAAGGGGUGACUUUACAGAGGAACUUUCUGCCAACAGUUCUUGCCAUGGCGGCAAGGGAAGCCUAUCAAUUAUAUUAAUUGCUACAGAUGGGUUGUGUUGCCCAGUAAUGCAUAAGGCCUAAGGCACUGCAAGAAGACUAUAUGUCAUAUAAACAAGCCAAAAAGGAUACAACUGGACAUUGAUCACACAUCCUCACUCAGCAGAGCCAUCCGGGUGUGAAUCAGAUAUCACGCGGGCUCUGCAAAAGGAUUCCGAGAGUGAAGGAACCCGUGAGAAUGAGAGCCUGUUUUCUGAAAUCCUGCCAGGAAAUCAACUCCAGUGUAAAAAUAAAUUAUAUGGGGAAGCAAAUGCCCUCUCCCCACAACAGACUUACAAUGAUCAAAUCAAAGCCAUUUGCCAUGUCUCCAAUAUUGUAUUUUUCCC